UGAAAGUAUAAAAAACUAAAACGCUAGUGCCUCGGCAGAGCAGGGCAUACGAGGACGGCUGCGGCUGAAAAAUGGCUGGCAAUACAGCAACAAUAACUCACAAAGUCGCUGCUUUUAUUUUGUCGGUUUGCGUCGACUUUCCCGUCUUUUACGCAUCAGGAUUUGUUGUAACUCAUGGCGUGUUUGGGCAUCUUGCGCGUCUCUGGGUCUGCGCGUCUCUCCGGUGGCUGGUUCUUACAACUGUAUCGCUGCUCACCCUUGGGGACGUCAAACCGCUGCUGAUUCGUGUUAUAACAGCAUACAGUCUGCUACCUGCUGUGUUUGAGACCGGGGCCAAGGCUCUUUAUAAUGAGGAGGGCCAGUGUAGCCAGUUACUUGAUGUGCGCUGCUGGCUGAUGUUUGCCGGAGCGUCACUGGCUGCUGCCCUGUUUUGGGAGAUUACCAUCCCGGACACCGACGAAGCAGCCGCCGGCAAAGAGCGGAAACAAAAGGCCAGAGUGCUGUUUAUGAGGGUCCUGCACCUGUACAGACCCGACUACCCACUGCUGUUUGGGGGACUCGUCUUCCUCUCACUGGCAGUCAUCUGUGAGAUGUUCAUCCCAUUCUACACUGGGAGGGUCAUUGACAUCCUUGGCAGUAAUUACCAGCAGAAUGAAUUUCUAAAUGCUCUCCUCUUCAUGGGCUUGUUUUCUCUGGGAAGUUCUGUGAGUGCUAGCUGCAGAGGAGGUCUCUUCCUUUGUGCCAUUAGCUCCUUCACAUGCAGAGUUAAAGAGAAGCUGUUCUGCGCUUUGACCAGACAGGAAAUUGGAUUCUUUGAGACCAUAAAGACGGGUGAAAUAACUUCUAGAUUGUCUAAAGACACCACCCUGAUGGGAAGAACUGUGGCUCUGAAUGUCAACGUGCUGCUGAGGACAUUCAUCAAAACAGUGGGCAUGAUCUCUCUGAUGAUGAGUCUGUCAUGGAAGCUCACAUUACUUGUGUUGAUGGAGACGCCAAUCACUGGUCUCAUACAGAACUUCUACGACACUCACUACCAGAGGUUGUCGCUGGCAAUGCAGGACUCAAUGGCUCUGGCAAAUGAAGCUGCCAAUGAGGUGGUGUCGGGCAUUCGUGUGGUACGGAGCUUCAAGACAGAAAAACAUGAAGCUCGGCGCUAUGACAAGCGCUUGAUGGACAUACACAACCUCAAGACUCGCCGGGACAUUGUCUCAGCUGUUUAUCUGCUUGGACGAAGGUUGACAGGGUUGGUUAUGCAGGUGCUUGUGUUAUUCUACGGCCGGCUUUUCAUCCAGAGGGGACAGAUGACGACUGGCAACCUAGUGUCCUUCAUCCUGUACCAUUCAGACCUGGGGGACAACAUCAGGACACUCAUCUACAUCUUUGGUGACAUGCUGAACUCUGUGGGGGCGGCUGGGAAAGUGUUUGAAUACCUGGACCGCAAGCCUCUGGUCAGCACGGAUGGAAAACUCAAACCUGAUCAGCUGAGAGGACAGAUCAGCUUCCGCCAGCUCAACUUCAGCUAUCCUUCAAACCCAGACAAAACAGUACUGCAGGACUUUUCCUUGGAGCUGAAGCCAGGUAAGAUGACAGCCCUGGUGGGUCCGUCUGGAGAAGGAAAAAGCACCUGUGUGAGUCUGCUGGAGCGUUUCUACGAGUCUCAGAGUGGAGAAAUCUUGCUGGACAGUGAACCACUGAAAUCCUAUGACCACCGUUUCCUCCACAAGAAGAUUGCCGUGGUGAGCCAGGAGCCUGUGCUCUUCUCUGGCUCUAUCAGAGACAACAUCGCCUACGGGCUUGCUGGCUGCUCAUUGGAUGACAUCGAGGAAGCAGCACGCAAAGCCAACGCCCAUGACUUCAUCAAGCAGCUGGAGAAAGGCUACGAAACAGAGGUGGGUGAGGGUGGUGGACAGUUAUCCAAGAGUGAGAGGCAGCGGAUCGCUAUUGCUCGAGCUCUGGUCAGAGAGCCCCAGGUCCUCAUUCUGGAUGAAAUAACCAGCUCACUGGACACCGAGAGUGAAAAUAAGGUCCAGCAGGCCUUGGCUCGUUGCCCCAACCAGACCCUUCUGGUGAUCGCUCACAAGCUGAAGACCAUCGAGAAGGCGGAUCAGAUUGUUGUCAUCAACGGGGGCAAAGUUGAGGAGCAAGGGACUCACCAGGAACUGAUGGACAUGAAGGGGAGUUACUACAAACUGAGAGAGGAGCUCUUCACUGAGGCAGAGUCUUAAACUACCGUGGUGACAUUGUACCUUGAUGUACUUGGAGAUGUUUUUAUUCGGUCAGACUGUGUUUGGAGUAGUACUAACUGCAGCUAGCCCGGUGUAAAUGUGUCGGAACAAGCUGGAGUGUGUGUAAAUAAUAAUAAUAAUUCAAUUUGUUGUGUAUCAAUAGUAAAGAUUCAACUGUGUAUAUAUACUUUUUCAGAAUCAGUGGUUCUUAUUUAUAUUACAGAUGUUGAUCAAAUCACAUGUAUAGGUGAUUAUUUCUGAGAUCUGCUGCAUGCCCUGGUUUUCGCUAAUGAGGAGAAUGAAUGUUUGAAGCCGUGCACCAUGUACACCAUAAACUGUAAUCAUCAGAGGGCUCAAAGGCUGUUUAUGGUUAUCAAAUCCAAAAUAAAAGUUUGACCAACAUCACCA